UAAAUCUGAAUGCAAAUGUGAAAAAGAUUUCUGACCUUCAGCAAAAGAUCAUCAGUGAACACUGACUUCUUUAUGGCUCUUUAAAUGAAGUUUUUAAUGCCUUUCUGGAGCAGAUGUGGUCAACAAAACAGAACAAAAAAAGGAAAGCAGUGAUGGCCCGUAAAUACAGCAGGAAAGAGUAUCUGUCAGUCAAGGACCUGGAGAAAGUUCUGGACUCGUGUAAGUUAAACUUGCACCAAAUCGAUGAGGUCUGGCCAAACCUGUACAUCGGCAACGUAGGAAUAGCACAGAACCGCAGCGCCCUGCAGAAACUCGGCAUCACUCAUAUUCUGAACGCCGCUCACUCCAAGAGAGGAAGCAUUGGGGACCAGAGGUACUACGGCACUAGUUUUGUGUACUGCGGGAUCCCCGCUGAAGACUCCACACACUUUGAUCUGGAUGUUUACUUCAAACCGGCAGCAGAUUUCAUUCACAAGGCUCUCAACACUCCUGAUGGAAAAGUUCUGGUGCACUGCAUCAUGGGAAUGAGCCGGUCCUCGACGCUCGUGCUGGCGUACCUGAUGCUGUAUCACGACAUGCCUCUGCACACGGCCAUACGCCGCAUCGUCCAGAAACGAGCCAUCUAUCCCAACAGGAACUUCCUGGCUCUGCUGCUGGAUCUGGACCUUCAGAGGAAGAGGAAACACCGGAGAUGUGUCCUGCUGUGACUGAUCACAUGAUCACAAUAAUCAUGUCCUGACCAGGUCUCUCUGCACUGAACCAGAACAAAUGCAAUCGACCUACUUAAUAUGCAGUAAUGAGGAGCUGGAAUAUGGACCAAUGAGAUUUGACUGUGGGUGGAGCUACAUAAUGCAGCACUCCAUAUAUAGAUAUGUACUACCUCCAUGUACAGCAGACUCUGGACCAUCACACACACAACAACUACACAACAGGACCAAAACACCUCAGGAUCGCAAAUGUGACGCAUUACUGUUCAAAAGUUCAGGGUCAGCAAGAUAAUGUUUUUGAAAGAGUCUCUUCUGUUCACCAAAGCUGCAUAUUUGAUCAAAAAUACAGUAAAACAGUGAAAUAUUAUUCUAUGUGAAUGUAUA